AUGUUGAGUUCGAUUCGUUUCGCAAUUUCAACAAGCCAUUUCUCCAACAUUGUUGAGAUUUCUUCUCAAAUUAUUCCAUUUAUUUCCGAAUUUGACCAAGAUUUCGCUUUGAAGCUCCUUGAUAACGCUCUUCAACACUUUGAUGAUGAAAGCUCAAGCCAAGUUUGCAAUUUAAUCAUUUCUAUUUCACAAAGAAUUAUUUCUGAAGAAAUUAUUUCUGCAAUUUCUGUUUUUGUUGAAAAUGCCGCUGAUUUCAAGAACUACAGUAUUCUUCCUAUUAUUUCUAUGUUUGAAUCCAUUCUUAUAAUGAAGCCAUCAUAUUGUGAUGACUUAUCAAACAUUGCUGAGUUCUUUUUAUCAAAAUCAGAAACAAAAGACAUUUUUGUUAAUUCAAUUAAUUCUUUGUCUAUUUUUGUUGUUCUUUAUCCAGAUGCAAAUGUUACAAAGGAAAUUAUUGAUUUGUUUAUUAAAUCUCUUGGAAAUGCAUUUGUUAUGCUUAAAUUAAGUGCAGCAAUUGCAUUAAUCGCAUCAUCAAAACCAGAAUUAUUACAAAAAUAUACAAAAGAAAUUUCAGAAUUCAUUAUUAAUUGUAUAAAACAAAAGACUGAUUCUGGAGUAAUUUUAAGAGGUUUGUUUGCAUUUAAUUAUUGCGGAAAGAUGGAAGGAUUCGAAACAAGCAAAGUCUGUUCACAAGCAAUAGAAUUAAUCACAAGUAAUGAUGCACAAAUCAGAGCUCUUUCUCUUAAAACAAUUCUUAAAUACAAAGAUGAUUCGAUGAAUGAUUUAAUUCAUAAUGCUGUUAAAGAAAGUCUUACAAAGACAAAUAACAAGAGCUUUUUGGAGUCAGCGAGUGAAUUUUAUUAUAAUGCUCAGCACAAGCAUUAUUUCCGUGAUCUUAUCAAGAUAAAUUCAAAUGAUAUUCCAUCUGUUGUUGGUUUGUCUCUCAACACAAAACAUAUACAAAAAUACAUCGAAAAAGAUGAUUUAUUAUCAAUUAAAAUUAUUGGAAAUUAUGCAAUGAGAAGGCAUAUUUCAACUAAUCCUGAACUUGUUGAACAUUUGUUUGCUUUGGCAUCACAAAACAAUGAGAAAUCAAUUGCUGCUUCUAAUUCUAUUGGUUUGGCCGCUUCAAAAUCAUCUUCUAUAUUAGGAAAGGUUUUAGAACAAUCGAAAGAUGAAAGUAAAUCUCAAUCAACAAUUACUGCUUUGGCAUCUUUUGUUGAACAUGUUUCUGAAUCAAAGGCUGACAACAAAGUUUUGGAAGAGAUAUUUAUUUACUUCAAAGAUUGCCAUGGUGGAGAAAAGAACGCAAGAACUUGUUCACAAUCUAUUUCUUAUUUAUAUGAACAUUCUGACGUAAUUUUAGAAAAAUGUUUUGAAUUUCCAUCUGAAAUUACUUUCCACGCUUUGGCACUUUAUUUCCCAAGAAUUAAAGACGAAAAGAAAGCAUCUCGGAUUGUCCAAAAUGUCAUCGAACAUAUCAAUUCUGACAAACCAUUGUUAACUGUUCAUCUUCUUUCUGUUUUGGCAGAAAACAAUAAAUCAGAAAAUGGCGAAAAAGUCAUUUUCGAUAACUACGAAAAAAUUGUUUCCUGCACUGAAUUUAAACAAAAUCAUAUUGUUGAACAAGCUGUUGGUACAGCAGUUAUCAAGACAGAUGCUGGCCAGCACAUGAGAGCAACAGCUGUUUCAUUACUUGCAGCAAUUAUUGAUAAAGCAAAUGAUUAUGAAUUUGCAAAGAAUUUGUUGAAUGUUACGUUAAAGGCAUUGACAGAUCCGAAACCAGAAGUUUCAACAAAAGCUGUUUUCUUACUCAAGAAAUUGUCAUUCCUCAAUGGAAUUGUUCUUCAAGAAGUUCAAGACGAAAUCAUUGAAAAAUUGACGAUUUUCGAAAGGAAUUUGUUCUCUCAAGAAACAAAUGACGAAAAGAAUGACAUUCUUGAACAGAAUACUAAAUUGGAUGAUGAAAAGAUUGAGAAAUUUUUGAUUGAUACAGCAGCUGCUUUGUCAAUCGCACACUGCAACAACCAGAAAGUUAAAGAGUACAGAAAGAGAUUCGAAGGAAAGAGUGCAUUUUCAAGUGCUUUGAGUGAAGAAAAAACUUUCAAGAUGCAGAAUGUAAACAAGGAAACUUCAAUUUACAAGUUCAUGACGGAGUUUGCUCCCGAAAUUGCUUUGAUUUUUAAGGAUUAA